AACAUUGAAAACAAAAACAAAAGCUCGUCGAGCUGUUUCCGGUCUCGCGCUCUCUGUGUUCAGCUGUUGUCUCCUCGCGCUCAGUGGAUCAGUGAAGAAGUUCACAGUAAAACUUAUUGAUUUCAAACUUAACGCGUCGAGUGAAAACACGUUCGCGGGAGAUUUCGUCUCGGAUCUAAACGUGUUUUCAGAGGAAACACUUAAACGUGGACGCUGUUCGUACACAUGCGCAGUGGAGGACCGCAGCUGUUGGCGCCAGCGGCAACAGGAGGAAGGUUUGAUUCCCACCGAGCGGAGGAGGACAAAAGCAGCCCCAGCCAUGACAAGACAAAGUGGUCGCCUGCAAAAAAGAUCUGAAAAUGCUCCAGGGCUGAAAAGCAAAGUUUCAAAGCAAAGCAACAGGAAAAAGUUCCAGCCCUUGUCAAAGCUGCAGUGUGAGAAGAACCAGCUGAUUCGUAAAGGCGUCACCAAGCCCUGUGUUGUCAUCGAGACUCCCGUGAAGGGAGCCAGGAUCGACUGUGACGACAACAACCAUCAAGUUCCCACCGCCAGCGAUCCCUUGGCUCGGCCGUCCCCUCUGCCUCCUCUGGGGUGGGGCUCUCCUGAAGAUGUGUGGGGGAAGAUGGUUGGAAAGGAGCAGAACUACAGACACAGUAAGAGCUUCAUGCAGAAACACCCCAGGAUACAACCCAGAAUGAGAUCCAUCCUCCUCGACUGGUUAAUCGAGGUGAGUGAGGCGUACACGCUUCACCGGCAGACGUUCUAUCUGGCGCAGGAUUACUUCGACCGCUUCAUGUUGACCCAGAACAACGUUGAAAAGAAUGUGCUGCAGCUCAUUGGGAUCACAUGUCUUUUUAUAGCAUCCAAGAUGGAGGAAGCUUGUCCCCCGAAACUCUCACAGAUGGCGCAUGUGACUGCAGGGACCUACUUUGAGGAAGAGAUUCUUCAAAUGGAGUUAAUCAUUUUAAAGGCGUUAAGUUGGAACCUCUGCCCGGAAACAGCUGUGUCGUGGCUGAAGCUUUAUUUCCAGAUGGCUUCGAUGAGCGCCAACUCCGACCUGCUGGAGUCGCAGUUUCCACACGACCCCUACGUCCAAAUGACACGACUUCUAGAUCUCUGUGUCCUCAGUUUAAACUCUCUGGACUUCCAGUAUCGAGUGUUGGCGGCUUCAGUCCUGUGUCAUUUCCUUCAGCAGGAAACAGUUGAAAAGGUCUCAGGUCUGUCGAGAGACGUCCUCCAGCCAUGCCUGAACUGGAUGGCUCCCUUCGUCGAAUCAGUCGGUCGCUUCGGCCGAGCGACACCAAAGGAUUUUGCCAGAGUGAAAGAAGACAGACACAACAUCCAGACGCACACAGACUACAUGACCCUGCUGGAUGACGUCAGUAAAAACGAAGUGAACGGCGAGUUCCUCACUCCUCCGAGCAGCACAGAGAAAACACACAGCGAGGAGGAGACGCUGAAGUGAACUGAGGGGGAAACAGAAUUAAUGCCUCUGAAACAAACUCUGAGUCUUGUUCUCUGGAGACGCCUCCGAUCACAGUGCAGGAAAAAGACUGUCGACAGGAAUACGGAGUCUUGAUGAGA